GUUCGCAGGGCGGGGAGUGAGAAGUUGGGAUCCCUCAUCCAGCUGUGUGAGCUCUUCUGAUGGACGGAACCCUCGGCUCACAGUCUGGAGAAGAAAAGAGUGCGAGCAGGAACAGGAGAGUCGUUUCUGUGAGCUUAAACAGAGAGGGGUGGUGUUUAAAAAAUUGAAAAAAUAUCAGACGAGGUCUCGCUGGUGUCUGUUUGUUCUCAGCGGCAGGAUGUGCAGCAGCAUCUUCAUGGAUCUUUAAAGCACUGAUGCAGGAUAUGCGCUGAAAACCGCCUGUGGAUGCAACCAAAAGUACUAGGUACUUCAUUUUGAGGGGAAACGGGAAAGGAAAACCCCGGGAGAGAAAUACUGCAGAUUUUGUAAUUUUCCUUUUCAAGGCAUUGUUCAUCAGCUCCGAGGAGAAGGAUCCACAAGAAGUUUUUACGCGGCGUUUAUCUUUUUCUCAAAGCGGAUGGCUUCAAAAGUGGACACAUGUCUUGGUUCCUUUUUAUGGUUAGGGGGGAAUGGUUAUGAAGGGUAGGUGAGGCCCCCAGAGAGGUUUCAGCAGCGGAGACCAGGGCCUGGGCGCAGCGUGUCUGCGGAGACGGACCCGCGCAGCAGCGCACCACCUGGAAACUAUACGGUCCGCCUGGCACACCAAACCCUGAAGACCCUCUCCUUCUCUCCUCUCCCGCCUGCUCCUCUCCGCUCCGACUCAACGAUACAACAACCAGGGUUUUUCUUCAAGCUGAUGUGGACUUUGUAGCCACGACAAAAACCUGAUCAUGCGAUGACUGAGCGCGCCUCGGGCACAUCUAGCGAGUCCAUUACAGGUAAUAACUUGCACGGAAAGAUGCAUCAGUAAACUGCCGUCUCCAAGCCUUUAAAAUUCUAUUUUGACCCAGUUAAAUGACAAGAUAAAGUUUGGACACAACUAGAAAAUCUACUGUUGAUCACUCAUACGGAGAUUUUGGAUUGUUUUAUUAAGAAAAUGAAUGCGAGCCCCUCUUGAAUUUUCAGAAGCCCAGUAAAGCUUCGUUUCAUCCAACAGCGUUUGUCUCCAAAUUUACAUCAAAUACUCGAUCGAUAACCACGCGUAAAUUAGAUCAAGUUUAAACCAUCUUUAGAAACAAUUAACACAUUUAUUUGUCGAUAAGGUGUGCGCAGUUUUCCCGAAAUAACCCAUCCACCCCUGCCACUGCUCCCCUCUGUUGCGUGUUCUUUUAAUAUUUAGAGUUCAUUUAACGGAUGCUUAUUUGAUAUGACUAAAAGUAUGAUGAAGAUAUUUUAUUUUACAAAUUCGCACAUUUAAAUGAGUCCCGCAGCUCAGAUCUUGGAGGGGCGCUCCUCUGUGGCUUCUUCAGACUUGAGCAUUUCCAUGGUUUUUCAUGGUUGUCAUAAUAAGAGAACGGCUGCUAUCAGGAGGAACAGAGGGUCCAACACAAAUCUAUAGACUGGGCUUUCCUGAUCCAGUCCAUGUAUGUGUGUCCUUAUAUGCAAAGACCUGCUGCACCUUUAAUUAUUGAUUGAUUGAUUGAUAGAUCAUAAAUGUCUAAUGAGGUGUAUAAGCUAGAGGGGAGCUCUAGAUGCAGUUCUUUUAUACAUUGUUUUAAUCUUGCAGGAGGUGAAUGAUGGCAGAAGAUGGGGGAAAUCUCUCUGGGGUCCCUGAUGCUAGGGACUCAGAGGGUCGCUCCUCUCUGCCAAGGACUUUCAUCCGACUCAAUGACCUGUCCAGGGUUGGGAUAGGAGGUGGGGAGCGUGCUGACGUGGUGCUCGAGCCAGCCUCCCCAGCUACUGACAGGAUCUCUACGGCUGGAGAGGAAGGGUCAGCAUGCGGUGAGGACAGGCUGCCCUACCCCACUUUGGCCCCUGUGGUCUUCUUCUACAUGAAACAAACUACCAGGCCUAGGAGUUGGUGUCUGAAGAUGGUCUGUAACCCAUAUCCUUUUAGAUUUGUGCUAGGAGUCUGCUGGUGUGCUGGCUGUGGCAGGUAA